AUGCAACCCGACCGCACCAAAAUUCUAACUCGUCUUUACGAGCCCUUCUCCACCGAAAUCAUCACACGCGUCGAGGAGACUUCUGCUGAGGAACGAACCACGCACGAGGGAAGUUGUCAUUGUGGUGUUAUUACUUUCACUGUAACGCUCAAAUGGCCAUUUCCUAAAUACACUGUUAAUCAAUGCACGUGUUCUGUUUGUACACAACAUGGAUAUUUAUUGGUGUAUCCUAUGAGAACGGAUAUUAAGUUCUUGGAUGAUUCUGAUCUCAAAAUGGGCACCUACAAAUUCGGACACGGAAUCGCAGAUCAUCGCUUCUGCACCCAUUGCGGAAGUAGUAUUAUGGUUGAUUUACGUCGUCCGGAAGUUUUUGGAGAAAGUGAUCCGAGGAAAGAUAUCGUGGCCAUUAAUAUCCGAACCUUCAAAAACAUCGAUCUAGAUACCAUGAGCUACACGUAUUUCGAUGGGAAAAAUCUUAUUUGA